AUCACGCCUGUCAUGCCUUCGCUCCACAGCAGUCUGCGCGUCGCUCUUGUCCUCGCUAUGUUGUCUUAUGUUGUGUCUCGAGGUUUCUGCCAGGCAGUGGCGGAAGUGAACCGCUUGUCUUACCCGACACUUGGCUCAGUUUUACGGGCUUUUACAACCUCAGGUCCCAAAUGCAGCGAAACACCUGAAAGCGCUUCAGUGGUGACCUACUCGCAGCUGAAGACGAUGCUGUCCAACCGGGACAUUCAGCUGUUUGAUGUGAGAAAUCCUGAUGAACACCUGGCUGGACGCAUUCCAGACGCUGUUAAUAUCCCACUAGGGAACCUGGAGGAGUCUCUGAAGCUGUCCCCUGAACACUUUCAGCAGAUAUUUGAAGUGAAUGCUCCGGGGAAAGAUGAUGACAACAUUGUGUUUCAUUGCAAAAGUGGCAACAGGAGCUCCAAAGCGCUGGAUAUAGCCCUUCAGCUGGGAUUUAGCAGGGCCAGACAUUACAAAGGAGGGUACAGUGAGUGGGCAGAACAAGAAGGAAAAUGAACCUGAACUCUGUGCUUCCAUUCCUAAAUACAGCUAAUACAAAACUACAGAAUAUAAAGGAGAGAUGUUAGUCACCCUUGAGGUUACAUAUUUUAUUCAUAUUAACUGUUUCUUUACAGAUAAAUACCACUUUAAAGAUUUAACUUCUUUGCCCUGUUACAUCUUUUAGCUGCUGAUUCGACACUUUAAGGUUUUGCAUUAUACUUUCUAACCUUUUUAUUCUGUGAUUCAUGACAAGUUGAUUAAAUCAUUUACAAA